CCGCCCGGGCGGCGGCUUCCAGCCCGGUCCCUUCCCGGAGCCCUCGUCCCGCCGCCSCCCUCCCUGCGCGUCCGGGUGGUUGCGGCCGGAGCGCCGGAGCCGGUGCCAGUGAAGAUGGCGUAUCCCGGGCAGCCGGCGCCCGGCGGCUUCUACCAGGGCGGGUAUGGAGGAGCUCCAGGAGGACCAGCAUUCCCUGGACAAGCUCAGGAUCCUUUGUAUGGYUAUUUUGCUGCAGUAGGAGGGCAGGAUGGACAAAUAGAUGCUGAUGAGCUACAGAGAUGUCUCACCCAGUCAGGGAUUGCAGGAGCAUAUAAACCUUUCAACUUAGAGACUUGCAGACUUAUGAUCUCAAUGCUGGAUAGGGAUAUGUCUGGCACCCUGGGAUUUAAYGAGUUUAAAGAACUCUGGGCUGUGGUCAAUGGCUGGAAGCAACACUUUGUAAGUAUUGACAGUGAUGGAAGUGGCACWGUGGAUCGUCAAGAACUGGAGAAAGCCUUGAUGACUAUGGGAUUUAGACUGAGCCCACAGGCUGUGACUGCAAUCACAAAGCGAUACAGCACUCAAGGAAAGAUUGCAUUUGAUGAUUACAUUGCCUGCUGUGUGAAACUCAGAGCUCUCACUGAUUGCUUUAGAAGAAGGGAUGCAACUCAGCAGGGUUUUGUGAAUUUCCACUAUGAUGAUUUCAUACAGUGUGUUAUGAGUAUCUAAAUCAAAAGGAAGCAAGCCAUGGAUGAUCGUGAUUUAACAUUCCAGUUUAAUGAGCAUCUAAAUCAAAAGGAAGCAAACAGUGGAUGAUCAUGAUUUAACAUUCCAGUAUGUGUUUUGCUUUGCCAAAUCUUCCAAUGAUUGUGUAUCUCAAUAUUGGAAAUUGCAUAUUUUAUGAAGAUAUCGCUUUACACAGAUUUUUUUUAGUCCUGAUAAUGAGUAUAAACUACUCACGUGCUGUUGUCUUCAACUUUCAAUGUGUGGUUAUUAAAGCUGCUUUUAUUUUCAUAAACUUGCAAUUCACUAUGUAUAACUCAAAUCAUGCAAUUGGUAGAUACUCAGUAAUGUGUCUACUUUUUUUUCCAUGAUGCUCUAAAAUCAGUUUCUGGAGUGCAAUUUAUAUUUUUCUGACUUAAAUGGUAGCAUGUGUAUGACUUCAGAGAAUACAUUUUMUCUUGUCUUCAAAAAAAUAACUGAAAGGGCUUUUGGAGUGGCUGUUUUGCACUGGUGGGUUAGAACAUCAGUAAGUUUCAGUUGUUWAUUUUGUCAGCGCUUUCAAAGAUGAACCCUGUGACACCAUGCACUGAGUGUAAGACUCCUGUUGGAACUUCUUGUAAGCAGGGAAGUGACAACACAUAGCACUGAACUCUUUUAACCUUGUGCUCUGCUACAGGGGGCUUUGUUCCUGUAAGAGUCUUGCUUUCUUUGUGUCACUAUAUAAAACACUUCUAAAYAUACAAAAGCUGUCCUGUGUCAGUUUCUGCAUCACCUGUCCCUUCACAUGCAGACAGUCAGUCUUCAGUUACAUGUAAAUGAAGGUUUCUAGCUCCUCCACAUUAACCCCUAGCAAGUGGCCUUCCUCCCUCAAUAUGCCAACUAAUUUACAAGGGCCAAAACCCAYUUGGAAAAAAAUCUUGCCAGAUUACUCCUUCAGAUCACAAUGCAACAAGAACAUGAGUGUUCAUAAAAACAGAUACRGAGAGGCAAGACUUACUUGUCUGAGGUUUUCCAAGAGAAAAAAAAAWGUAUUUUUGUUUGGUAGAGGUUUUUGGUUGCUUUUCUUGUAAGGAUUUUUGAGGGCAAGAGGUACACUGUAUGGAAAGGGAGAGCAGCACAACUGUACAGAGGUAGUUCAGACUUCAUUCAAAUGAAAUAAAUUAAUGAAACUUUCAUUAAUUUUGAUCACUUCUGCCUGCCACAGAGGAGCAAUACUUGUUUUACUGCUUGCUGUGAAUGCAAAGAAUACCAGAAGAAUGUUAAAAGAAGUAUAUUUCUCAAAUUAGUAGUUUAGGGCACUUUUGGAGAGGAGCCUUUGCAUUAAGGAAUGAAAGCAAAACUACAUGUGUGCAUAUGUAGACACUUAUGCAUAUACAUCAUUGGACAAACAAGAGCUCCUAGAUGCAG